ACGGGAGACGGGAGACGGGAGAGGGGAAAGCAGCAGGCUUCACUGGGCUAGGGACACUGCAACUACCUUCCUCAGAGCUGGUCUUAAAGCAACACCAGGAGGCUGAGCUGUAAUAAAACAGACAGCACCAUUCACAGGCAAAACACAACACUGGAGUUUGGGCUGUGACAGAGAAUCAGAGGAAAGUCAUGUUUUUAUCAAGGACCGGGAAUCAGUGGCUAGUGAGGUAAAGGAUACAGAGCGAGUUGCCCACUCAGAGAGUCCUGCAUCCGCCUGCCAUUCUCUUCACCCCCCCAUCACUCCAGAGAGCCCGGAGAGAGUGGUUCAGAAGGAGAAACUCCAUUCAGAGUUGAAGCAGGUCUUGAAUCUUAAAAGAAGCGUUCGAAAACAAAGAUCACCGAGAAGCAUGGACACGCCAAUGCAGAUCAGUGUAACACAGAAGGAGGAGGUGAAGCUUUCUGAGCUGGUGGAAGUGGUGGUGGAGACGGAGCCUGAGGCUGGGGCCACUGGUUUCAGUGUAUCAGGAGGAGGCGACAAGGGUAUCUUCGUGAAGGACGUGCUCAAAGACUCACCAGCCGCCAAAGCCCUCAGCCUCAGAGAAGGUGAUCAGCUACUCAGCGCCAGAGUCUACUUUGAGAAUGUGAAGUACGAGGAUGCUCUGAAGAUCCUACAGUGUGCUGAGAACUACAAGGUGUCCUACCUACUGAAGCGCACUGUCCCCGGAGCCAACAUCAGUGUGUCCCCAAGCAAAGUCAUUAAGGGACCCAAAGCCAAGCUGCCCAAACUGAGUGUCAAAAGCAUCACACCCAUGAAGAAAAAGAAAAACAAGGGCAAGGCCAGUGUAAAGCUCAGCAGUGAGACCUCCCUUCCAGCAGGGGCACAGUUUAACGUAGAGGGAACACCGGCCAAGCUGGAACUGAGUCCAGUCGACGUUGAGUUUGCCUUUCCUAAAUUCUCCAAGCUCAGAAAGACAGGGAAGGCAGCCACAGGGGGUGACGUAAGCUUGACGGGUUUAGAAGCACAAGCCGGUGCUGCGAUCCCAUGGCGGAAAAAGCGAAGGAUCAAAUUCCCGAGGAUGAGAGUCAAAGAUGCUGCCACGGCUCAAGUUGACAUGAGCGGGGAGACACCGGGGAGAUCAGUCAGCAAAGUAGAGCUGGAUGUCCCAGAAGCUAAACUCAAGACUAAAGGAAAGUCACCAAAGUUUGGGAUCUUCUUUCCAAAAACCAAGAAAGCCAAAGCAGACGUGAGCCUGCCGAAAGUUGAUGUCGAUAUAAAAUCCCCAGAGGCCAGGUUUAAACCCCCCAAAGUAGAGCUCGAUAUCAGUAUGCCAACUGGGAAAGCAGACAUUGCAGUACCUAAACCAGAACUGGAAGGCAAAGAAGAAAUCAAAUUUAAGCCACCCAAACUUGAACUUGAUUUUGGGUUGCCAUCAGGGAAAGUAGAAGUUCCAGAAGUCAAAGUGCCGGCCAAAGACGAAAUUAGGUUACCUAAAGUGGGACUAGAUAUCAGCUUGCCAACUGGGAAGGGUGACAUCCCAAAGCCAGAAGUGAGUGUGAAAGGUCCCAAGGUGGAUAUCAAAGGAGGCAUUGAAGCCCCAGAGGGUAAAGUGAAAGGAGAAGGUUUUAAAAUCAAGAUGCCCAAGUUUGGGAUCUCCUCAAAAACAUCUGAUCUCGAGGGUCCUGCAGUGGAAGGGGACCUCGAUGUGGACGGUCCAGAAGGCAAACUGAAGAUGCCUAAAGUGAAACUCCCCAAAAUAGGGAUUUCUCUCCCCUCGGGUGAAUUUGAAGAUGGUGCUGCUGUUUCCACACCCAGAGGUGAGGUGGACAUAAAGGGUCCAGAGGAGAAACAUAAAGGCGGACUAAAGAUGCCAUCAAUAAACAUUGCAGCCCCCAAAGUAGAUAUAGAUUUCAGUUUGCCAAAGGGGAAAGAUGAGAUGGAAGCUGAGUGGAAGAUGCCAGCAGCUGGGGGAACAGCAGAAGCUGGGAUGAAGGGCCCCAGUGUUGAGAUAAAAAUGCCCAAAGUGUCACUUCCAAAAUUUGGGGGCUCUGGAGCGACGGGUGAUGCUGAUGCUGAUGCUAAAGUGUCUGUUCCGAAAGCGGAUGUCAAAGGUCCGAAAGCUGAAGUCAAGGUAGGGAAAAUGGAAGUGGAAUCUCCUGAUGUUAAAUUUAAAGGACCCAAGAUGAAGAUGCCUUCAUUUGAAAUUUCUUUACCGAAAAUGAAAGUGGAGGGUUCUCUACCCGAAACCGAGAUCCUUGAUGAUAGUGCAGAAGGAAAGAUGAAGCUGCCUAAAAUGCCUUCCAUAGACAUUUCAUUGCCUGUCCCAGAUUUAGACUUAAGCCUUCCAAAGGGUAAAGGAACUGGACCUGGAACUGCCAAAGUAGAUGUCAAGGAACCAAAGAUUGAUAUGCAAGGUAUUGAAAUAGAGGGACCCUCUGCUAAAGGGCCAAAGAUAACUGUGCCGAAAUGUGACCUUUCCCUACCAAAAAUGAAAUCGCCAGCGGCUGAAAUGGAUGUCUCUGGAAUUGAAAUAGAAGGCUCCGAUGCUAAGGGAGGAAAAAUAACCAUGCCGAAAAUUGACCUUUCCCUUCCAAAAAUGAAACCACCCAAAGUAGAAUGGGAUGUCCAUGGAAUUGAAGUUGAAGGUCCAUCAGCUACAGGGAUGAAGAUAAGUAUGCCUAAAAUUGACCUUUCCCUGCCAAAAAUGAAAUCGCCAGAAGCAGAGUUGGAUGUACAUGGCAUUGAAGUUGAAGGUUCCUCAGCUAAGGGGGCAAAGAUAAGUAUGCCUAAAAUUGACCUUUCCCUACCAAAAAUGAAAUCACCAGAAGCAGAAUUGGAUAUUCAUGGAAUGGACACAGAAGGCUCUGGAUUUAAGGGAGGAAAAAUAACUAUGCCAAAAAUUGACCUUUCCUUACCAAAAAUGAAAUUCCCUGAGGGGGACGUUUCAGUGCCAGAAGGUAAAAUAAAGGUGAAAGGGCCCAAAGCAGAAGGUGACAAGACAGAUGCAAGACUUAGUAUGCCAUCUGUCAAAAUGCCAGCUAUUGAUAUUGACAUGCCAAAGAUAGACCUCGAUUUAGGCCUCUCGAAGACUGACGCACACGUGGAAGGGGGUGGAAAAGUUCCUGAGCAUUCCGGAGGUGGAGGAAGGUUUGAAGGACCUGACAUCCACCUGAAAAUGCCCCACAUUUCUCUACCGAAAUUUGGGAUCAAGGGCAGUGAAGGCGAUGGCUUUGAAGCUGAAGGUAUAGUGUCAAGUGUCAAAGCUCCUGACAUUGAAAUUAAAAUGCCAAAGCUUCCCACGUUCGGGAAAGGAACGGGUGAGGUUGAGAUUGAAGCCCCAGAGAUUGAUGUUGAAAGUCCAGAUGGAAAACUAACAGGACCUAAGCUGAAGAUGCCUAAAUUUGGUAUUUCUUUCCCCAAAGGCAAAUCUGGAGAAGAUGGUCUUGAAGGUGAGCUAGAUGUUUCUAGACCAACCUUGAAAGGGGAUGUUAAAGCUCCUGAAGUCAAGGUGAAGGCUCCCAAAGGGAAGCUUGAAGUUACAGGACCUGAUGUGGAUAUAGACAUGAAAGGCAGAAAAGUCAAGUUGCCCACUGUGAAACUUCCCUCUGUUGACAUCUCCUCCCCAAAAGUGGAUAUCGACUUUGGCUUGCCCAAAGCAAAGGGGGGUGACAAGGAGGAGAUUGGACUGCUCAAGGCUGAAGGAGAUAGGCCAUCCUCAGGAGCGAGUUUUGAUGUCCCAGAUGUGUCCAUGAAAAUGCCAAAGUUCUCCUUUCCCAAAUUCGGGGGCAAGGUAAAGGCAGGUGCUGUUGAUCUAGAGGGUCCCAAAGCAAAGGUUAAAGUUACCCCUCCAAAAAUAGGUGCUGAAGGCAGAGCUGCAUCCCUAGAGUCUGAUGUUGAUGGGAAGGCAAAAGGGAAAGAAGGGAAGAUGAAGAUGCCGAAAAUCAAAAUGCCUUCUUUCGGCAUAUCUAAAAAGGAAGGUGAAAUUACAGUCAGCGGCCCAGAGAUUGAUACAAAGCUCAAAAAAGGAAAAGUGGAAAUCAAGGGACCUGAAGUCGAUGUGGAAGGUCUGGAGGGUAAAGUAAAAACACCGAAAAUUAAAUUCCCUAAAUUUAAAAUGUCAUCACCUAAAGGCAAAGGGCCAGAAGCUGAAGCCAAAGUAGAUACUGGGAUUAGUGGAAAAGGUGGCUUUGAAGCACCGGACGUGACACUCAAAAUGCCUAAGAUUUCAAUGCCGAAAUUCGGAACAAAAGGUGCCGAUAUUGAUCUUGGUGCACCAGAUGCUGACUUGGAAAGCAAAGGAAAGAUCAAAAUGCCAUCCCUUGAAAUUUCCCUGCCAGCUGUAAAGCAACCAGAAGGGGAAGUGUUGUUACCAAAAGCAGAGGUAGAUGUCUCUGAAGCAGACAUCAAAGGAUAUGAAGGUGAUCUGAAGAUCCCCAAAAUGCCAACCAUUAACAUCUCAGCCCCCAAAAUUGAACUUGAUAUAGGCUUGCCUAAAGCCAAAGCCGGUGCGUCUCUUGAUUCUGAUACGGGCAUCAAGGCUGAAGGUGACAGAGGCUUUGAGGGACCUGAUUUCAAGCUGAAAAUGCCCAAGAUAAGUUUGCCCACUUUUGGCAUAUCUGGGUCCAAGGAAACGGACAUUGAACUAGACAUGAGAGGAGCCAAACCAGACAUCUCCAAAAGGGCAGAGAUCAAAACACCAGAGCUUCAUAUCUCCACACCAAAAGUUUCUAUAGAUACACCAGACUAUGACAUUGAGGGUGGAGAGGGCAAGCUGAAGAUGCCCAAAAUCAAAAUGCCAAAAGUGGACAUAUCGUUGCCGAAGGGCAAAACAGGAGAAGCAGACAUGUCUCUAACCGAAGGAGAGGUCAGAAUUGAGGAACCUGGUUUUGAUGGAGAUGGAGAAGGCAAAUUUAAGUUGCCGUCAUUUGGACUUCCAAAGUUUUCUAGUCCCACAGUGAAGGCUCCAGAGCUUGACCUUGAAUUCAAUUUGGGUAAACCCAAACAUGAGACUGAGAUCGCUGGCCCACACACAAAGGGGCCAAAGAUUGAAGGUACAGGUCCCCAUGGUGAUACAGAAGGAGAGUUUAAAAUGAAGAUGCCAAAGAUUAAGAUGCCCAAAGUAGAAAUAUCAGGUCCAGAGCUCAAAGGUCCUCAUGUUGAGAUUGAUGCAGGUCUUCCAAAGACUGAGAAAGAGAAAAUUGAGAUUAAGCCUCCAAAAAUAGAAGGGAGCCUUGAUGUCUCCAGCAAGGAAAUAAAGGGGCCAAAGGUUAAAGGUACUAAGUUUAAAAUUGGGAUGCCGAAAAGAAAAGUGGAAGUAGACGCUGGAUUAGAAGCAGAUGUGAAAAAAUCUGAAGUUGAUGUAAAAGGAGCAGGAGGGAGAUUUAAAAUGAAAAUGCCGAAAUUCGGCCUGUCCAAAGUUGAAGUUCCUGAGUUGGAAACCGAUGUUGCCAUUGAGGGAGGGGACAGCAGGUUCAAAUUGCCCCAAAUUGCUUUACCAGAUAUGGGCUUUUCUUCUUCCAAAGGAACAGACGCUGAUGCAGGGGUAGAUAUAUCUCUUCCCAAGGCAGAAUUAGAUUUGAAAAAAGAUGUCAAAGUUAAGGGUCCCAAAGCAGAAGGGAAAAUGAAAGUUUAUGUUCCAGAGUUAGAAGGCCCAGAAGAUCACCUUAAAAUGCCCAAGUUUAAGAUGCCUUCAAUUGGAAUUUCAGUAUCCAAAGACCAAAGAGAAGGAGAGGGUGAAUUCACUGCCGAAGGUAAAGACUUAGAAGGGAAAACAAAGAAGCAUCAUUUUAAAAUGCCUGGUGUGGAAAUCUCAGCCCCCAAAGUCAAAACAGAUGAACAAGAUGGUGAGCUUGAGCUUGUCCUUCCAGAGGAUAAUGAGGGAAUGAAGCUGAAAAUGCCAAAGAUCUCAAUGCCCUCUGUUGGUUUCUCUGACUCUAAGGACAAAGAGGCAUCUGUAGAGCUGAUUACCGCAGGAGGUGAAGGGAAAGGAGAAGGUUUUAAAAUCAAGAUGCCCAAGUUUGGGAUCUCCUCAAAAACAUCUGAUCUUGAGGGUCCUGCAGUGGAAGGGGACCUCGAUGUGGAAGGUCCAGAAGGCAAGCUGAAGAUGCCUAAAGUGAAACUUCCCAAAAUAGGGAUCUCUCUCCCCUCGGGUGAAUUUGAAGGCAGUGCUGCUGUUUCCGCACCCAGAGGUGAGAUGGACAUAGAGGGUCCAGAGGAGAAACAUAAAGGCGGACUAAAGAUGCCGUCAAUAAACAUUGCAGCCCCCAAAGUAGAUAUAGAUUUCAGUUUGCCAAAGGGGAAAGGCGAAGCAGAUUUGGAGAUGCCAGCAGCUGAGGGAACCGCAGAAGCUGGCAAGAAGGGCCCCAGUCUUGAGAUAAAAAUGCCCAAAGUGACACUUCCAAAAUUCGGGGGCCAAGGAGCCAUGGGGGAUGCUGAAGCUCUCCCAAAAGGGGUUGGUGUAGGUGGCAAAGUAAAAGUUGAUGUUAAAGACCCGAAAUUUGACAUUAAGGCACCAAAAGUCAACAUAAAAGCACCAGAGGUGGAAGCAGGCGGUCUAGAAUUAGACAUAGAUAAGAAGUCAAAAGUUAAAAUUCCAAAGUUUGGAAUUGAGUUGCCCAAACUCACUGAACCUCAAGCAGAUAUUGAAGUUUCAGCACCAGAUACCAAAGUUAAGGUGAAAGGACCUGAAAUCAAAGGCAAGGGCAGUGAAAUGCCUUCUAAAUCAGGGGAGAUUGAUGGAGAAUAUGAAGGUCCUAAAAUGCCCAAGGUCAAAAAGGCUGUGUUUGUUUUCGUUAAACCCAAAAUCAACGGAUCUUCUGCCAGUGUUUCGGAAGGUGAGGUGAGUGUGAAUUCUGCUGAAGCUAAAAUCAGAAUGCCCAAGAUUAAAAUGAAGCCAACAUUUGGAAAGUCUCACUCCAAGUUGAAAGGGCUGGAAGUGAAUGGAGAAGCUGACGGGGAUGAGGGAGAAGGAGAAGGAGAGGGGAAAUCAAAGUCAGGCAAAAUUAAGCUACCCAAGGUAACCUUCUCUCCAGGGAAAACUGGUUCUUUUGACGUCACUCUGAAUGGAUCGGGCGGAAAGAAAGGGGAAGGAUCUGGGCCUCAUGUUAAUGGCGAGAGUGAUCCCACAUUCCAGAAUGGAUCCCAGGAAGACAAAGCCAAAUUCGGGAAGCUUAAGCUGCCAAAGAUCGAGUUCUCUUCUCCGUAUACCAAAGAGAGCGAGGGGGAUGCUGAAAUGAGCAUGAAACUGGUCAAAACCGAGGAGCUAUCCGGAGCCGAUGGUGAAGGCAAAGGGAUGAAGUUCAAGUCUCCCAAGUUAACCUUUCCCAGCUUUAAAAAGAAGGGAAAAGGUGAAGAGGAGAAGCCUGACGCUUUGGUUUCUUCUACUGCCAGGAUUGAAAUGGCUUUGCUGGAAUCGGGAGACAAGAAAACCACAGAGUCCUCCUCCAAACCCAAAGUGUCUAUAGGCUUUUUCUCAGGCAGAUCCAGGGGGGAGUACGCAGAGGAGAGCAGCUCAUCGGACAGAGUGCCCACUCUCAGGGGUGUCCAAGGGGGCGAAGAGGACACCAGCAAGCGAAAAACAGAAGGCAAAGAGAAAUCCCCCAAGUUUAGGCUUCCCAAAUUCUCCCUCAGCCCCAAGUCCAAGGGGGUCCUUGAAAUCUCGUCGGAGGCGUCACCCCAGGGAAGCAGGGAUUCAUUGCAGCAAACAAAAGAUGUUGCAUCUUCCGGGGGUUUCAAGAUUCAGAUGCCCAGGCUUGGGUUUAAAACGAGCCAGGAAGUACACACUUCUGAAGAACAGAUCGUGACCGCGGAAGACGAGGGCGGUGUGGUGGUGGGGGCGAAAACACUGAAGCACAGAGCAACAGAAUCAGCGGAGAGAUCCACAACCAUUUAACAACAUCGGACUGAAGACAACGUGAACACCACUCAUCCAGUUCUUUAUAUAAGUGACCACUUUAUUAUUCGUCUUUGCUUGCUUACACUUAAGCAGUCAACCAACUCUGAAGAAAACUGCUACCAGAACUUAUAGAACAUGUAUUAUAGAGUCGUACUGCAAUGGACCUCCAGAACCUGCUGCAUAGACCCAUCAGAUGCAGUCAUCUUGAUUCUAAGGUCUUCACAGUGGUCAUGCUUAUGAAUUGUAUCCCACAGUAAUAUACAGUUGAAAACGAGGGACAGGAUUAAUGUAGCACUGACAAAUAUGACAACAAGUUAAGUGCUUUGCUUGGACAAUCAGUGGGUGCUAGAAGAUGCCACAAGUGCAUUUCUGUCUAGUGAGAUUUAUCAAGCCAGUACAACCAGUCGACUGAAACGGGCUUGCUUCUUUUGCCUGUGUGAUCCUUGUUGAAUGGGCUUUUAUAAACACCUGCUAACAUGCAUCUAAUAUCACUGUCUACGAUCUAUGUUUGCUGUAUUAAGAUCCAGUGCUUUAUACUAGAAUGCCUUAUAAUGUGACUUUGCCAUGGGGACGACACUAAAAUAUAUUUGGAUGCAAAUAGCAAGUCCUGUGCCUUAUCAGAACAUGAUGGAACAUAUAUUUGUAUUGAUUGUAAAUACUUCUACAUUAUUCACUUGAUGAUUAACAAUUAACAGUCUAGACUUAAGAAAGAAAGAAAGAAAGAAAGAAAGGAAGAAAGAGAGAAAGAAAGAGAGAAAGAGAGAAAGGGUGAAAUUAAGACCUCUUUGACCAUGUUUGUUAGUCUGAAAACUUUGUCGUCUGGUAUGAAUUGUCUUUUUAUCGAGGGUAGAUUGGGUAAUAAUAAUAACCACAGACCCACUAUUUUUGUAUAAGUUGCUUUAUUUCCCACUUUUUGUGUUACUUACUUCAGAACUCAGAGAUAGUGCAUAAGACAUAAAGGUCUGGGGAUCUUUAAAUAUCUGAAUUGUGAAGUAUUCUCUGAGGUGCAUUAGCAUGAUCUGUGUAAGAGUGCAUUUGUAUUGUAUUGUACCCUAAACCAACAUGGGGUGUAUGUUUCUGGCAGCGCUGGGUAUGUGGGUAUUUCAGUAAGACAGCUCAACAUUGCUCCCAAUCAAUGACAGCAUGAUAGGAGCUGUUUUACAGCACAAGAGCCCCCCGCCAGUAGGACUUGGGCAAGCUUUUAAUACUUUUAAGAACAGCUAAUGGAUACUCCCUAUUUUGUUUUUGUUUGUUUUUUUGUGGCUAAUCAUUUGUGAAGCUUGUUAUUUACUUUCAUUGCUUAAACUUGCUCUAAAAAGCCAUGUCCUUGUCACAUUAAUUGAUACCCGUCAUACUAAAGGGUGUCUUCCCCUAGGCUUCCAUUAGAUGGCAGCCUGAACAAGGUGAGUUUGCCAGGGAAUGUACUAGUUUUAGCCAUUCAAAAGGAGGGGGGAUAUUUUGGCCUUUGCUUGUUUUUUUGUAAUCCAAUUCUUGUGUGACCCAGCUACGGGUUCAAAACUGCAAGCAAGUUUUCUCUUUUGUCUUCUGAAGGUCAUUGCGAAUGUGGCCCUAUGCAAGUUUUCUUUCUUUUGAAUUUGACAAACUGUCGUGUGAAUUAUAUUAACUGUAAAUAUAUUUUAUUGCAAUAUGUAAUAGAAAAUAUUGCUGAUAAUAUGAGAUGGUUUAAUUAUUUGUGUGUGUUGAGAUUUUCUUUUUUUUAAUGCUUUAGACUGUACCUUAAACAAAUCUACUAAUCAUUUCAGAACUUUAUUCUAUUAAUAACAUGGAUUGCAGUUUUUUCCUGUAUGUGAUCUAUGAGUUCUCUGAAAUGUGCUUUACUUUCAUGUGACCCUGAAUAAUUUUAUGAUGGGGUUUUAAUUCAUUAUAUAAUAACAAUGUACAGGCAAAAUAUAUAUGUCAUGCUCUCUUAAAAGACUAACUUCCACAAGCCAUCCAGAUCAAAUCUGUCCUGAAAUGAAUUUGAGCACACUUCUGUUCCCUAAUUUUCAUAUUUUUUCUGGAUCUUCAAUUUAAAAAUCCUGCCAGCGUUUAUUAACUGCAGAUGGCAUGGUCUCUUUGAAUUCAAUCUGGGGGAUACUUAAUUGGAUUUUAGCAUUUUAGAGGGAUGAACUCUAACAAAGGAUUGAAUUCUGUGGGUUCGAUUCAUGCUGGUGGCUUACAUUCUGGACAGAUCUCACAGAAUACAUUUAGAGGAAAAUAUAUACCCGUCAGCAAGAGACUUCAAUCCAGAUGGCCCUGAUAUAUAAAUAUAUAUAUAGCUUGUGUAUGGAAGCACCUUCCAACUGAGCUCUUAUAUUACAUCACACUGCUACUUAUUUCAUGCUGGACAGAUUUGAUUUUGGGAGUGGUCUGUGGAAACCAGAUAUUAGCCUUAAACCAUUUGCCUGCUUUUAAAGUUUUUUUUUCUCUUUUGCCGAGUGUAUCGGAGUAUGUUUUAAGUAUGUUAAUAGGAGUUCAAAUUAUUUAAAUAAACAAGAAGGACAAUGUGCCUUUUACACUGACUGUUUGUACUAAGAAAACUACUUCAUAAAAAAUAAUGCUGACUA